UUAAAAGAAAAGAGUGUGGUCAGAGCCUUCCAAUCAAAAUACCAGAAUUUUAAACUCUCACAAACAUCUGGAAUUUCACAAUUAGAUUCCCACAGAAGGACACCCCUCUGAACAAAAUGUCAGCUUUCAGCAUACGAAAAGAGUCUCCUAACCAAAGCGAUAAUAAGAGCCCGUCUGUUGCAAUUAAAAGCAGACAACAAGCUACUCAUGAUAGUAACAAACGACGGACCCUUUUGCAAGAUAACAGCUGGAUAAAGAAGAGGCCUGAAGAGGAAAAUGCUGAUGAAAACUAUGGAAGGGCUGUGCUUAAUCAAUACAAAUCUCAAGAUAGCCUACACAGCAGUGCUGUGAAUGAAAAGGAAGAUCAGAAAGCUGUACUUGGACGAUACAGGUCUGAUACUACCCUGGACAGAAUUCCAGGCAAAAGUGAUACUGAUAAAAUACAUAAGUCCCCAACUCUGAAUAACAAGGAAAGCAACAGACAAUCUUGGACUCCUAAUGCAGGACCCACAAACACUGCUGCGACUUCUCCAAUCAAGAAAAAAAGGCAAUCUUGGAUGCCUCCCCCAGUUUCAAGUAGUAAGACCACGACAGAAACAGUGGAAACCAAAAGGACCACUUCAGCAAAUUCAGAGGCUCCAACAACGGAUGCCUUUUCAUCAGAACAGGUGACCCCUCAGAAAUCCAAGACUGAUAUGGAUGAUCGAGCUACAGCAAGGAACCAAAAUCUUGACAACCAACUCAAAGUGAAUCCAGAUUCUUUCACAAGCGACAAGGAAAUAACUGAGCAAGCAUAUGAAAAUCCUCCAAGGGCUCUAAAUAAUCUCCCAGAAACAAACUACUACAGUGACAGUGAAAGAAAGACCAGCAAAUCGUCAUAUGGUACCUAUGACAAAAAUAUAACUGGAAAUACUAUCAAAACUGUUUAUUCUACUUCCGAUCGGAGUAUAAUUGGAAAAGAUAUAUGUACAUACUGCAGGAAGCCCUUGGGCAUAGAUGCCAAAAUGAUCUUAGAUGCCUUGCAAAUUUGCUGUCAUUCGACUUGCUUCAAGUGUGAAGUAUGUAAAAGACCACUGGAAGAUCUGAAAGCAGGAGACAGCAUUUGGAUUUAUAGACAAACUGUGCAUUGUGAGCCUUGCUAUUCCAAAGUUAAAGGUAAGAUGCAAGAUAUAUUAUACUGAACACAGAACAACA